AUUCCUUUCGAUCGUCAUUCUGGUUACCCUUUAUUUUUUUGAUGGAGUUUACUUACUGUAUUGGUCGGUCUAUUCCCAUUUUUCUCAUCUUCCCCAUCUCGGGUUCCAAAGUAUUAUUCCAUUUUACUUUUUUUUCUCUACUGCCUGUUUUAAUCAGAGCCAAUGAUUUGACAUGGACUCCAUGGCUACUACUUUUCAGACUUCUCUCCGUCCCUCACAAGCUGACGGGGAGGGGGACAGAAGCGUGGAAAGUGGAUUAUGGUUCUGCUUCUGAAUGACUGGAUUGAUUAAUUAUUAUCAUAAUUAUUAUUUUGUAUUAUGUGGGAUCGCAUUAUUGGGGCCC